GUUAUAGAAACGUUAAUGGAGUUCACUUUGUGAUGAAGAUGUAUCUCACCACGUUCUUCAUCCUUUUGGUGACGAGACUGACUGUAAACAGCGAGAAACACUCCCUCAUGUACAUCUACACCGGCUUCUCCAAACCUGUCGGACUUCCGGGCAUCCAUCAGUUCACAGCUAUGGGUCUGCUGGACGGCAGGAUGAUCGACUACUAUGACAGUGAUGUCCAGAGAAAAGUUCCCAAGCAGGAAUGGAUGAAAGAGACACUUCAUCCAUACUACUGGGAGAGAGGCACAUGGUCCCGCCAGAGAAAGCAGGAGUGGUUCAACGACAGCAUCGACAUCCUGAAGAAACGAAUGAAUCAGAACGACACUGAUCUUCAUGUUCUUCAGUGGAUGGUCGGCUGUGAGGGUGAAACAACAGGGCCUGAUGGCAUAAUAAAGUUUGUCCGUGGUGUGUACACGUUCAACUACAAUGGACAAGACUUCCUGUACUUUGAUGACUGCAACUCAGUCUGGGUUGCUGCCCCUGAUAAAGCAGUCCAGACCAAGAGAAAAUGGGAUCAUGACCAGGACCUAAAAGAAAAGACCAAAGGCUACCUGGAGAAGGAGUGUAUUGCUUGGUUGGACAAGUUCAUGACACACAGGGAACAACAGCUGAAAGCUGCUUCUCCACCAGAUGUCUACAUGUUAGCUACGAACACCAGAAUUGAGUCAAACCUCAUGUUGAGCUGCCUGGCCACAGGUUUCUACCCAAAAGACAUCAUCCUUCACAUCAAAAGGAACAAUUGCAUUCUGACUAAAGAGGAGGGGUUGAUCUCCUCAGGCGUUCGACCAAAUGAAGACGACACCUUCCAGAGAAGAGACAGUGUGGAGAUUUCAAAGAGUGACAUCGCUUCAUUCAAAUGUGAAGUCAUUCACAAAGCAUCCAAAUUGUCUGUUGAGAAGGUUUGGGAUCAUAAAGUUGAUGAAGAAAACAUUGGCGGCAUUAUUGUUGGGGUGAUUGUAGUCCUGAUCUUCGUUGUCGUACUCGUGGCUGUAGUGCUGGUGGUUUUGAAGAAAAAAGGGAAAUUUGGGUUCAGACCAUCUCCUGGCGAGGAAAGUGAUAAUAACUCUGCGGGCUCUGUUUAG